GCCUUAGAGUCUAAGGGUGGCCACUCCAGCUUCACAAGAACAAAGUGGCCUUACCUUCCCCCUCAGUGAAGUUCUCUGAGACGCUCCUAGGGGACAGGGAGAGAGCUCUACAGUCCCUAAGAAGGAGGCAAAUGUGAAGACUGUCUCUCAGCUGCAGGAACCGUGGUGCAAGGACUCUUCAAGGGCAGAGGAGGAUUGCCCGCACUUGAACCCAGAUACAUACCUUUGUCCAACUUGCACCGUGGCAUCAUUGAGAUUGUGGCCUGUGUUUCUGAAACUUUGUCCCUGACACCAGCUGCCAUAUUGCCUGAGACCUGCUCAACUCAGAAGUGGAUACAAGGCGUCUUCAGUCCCCAAGGUCUUAAGGAAAGUGUGGAGGACUAGCUGUCUCUUGUGAUUGCUGAUAUUUGAGACCCACACGUCUCUCCAUGGCUCUUUAUCAGAUCCGCCAGUACCAGGAGAGGGACCACAAACACGUUGUGGACUUGUUCUCCAGUGGCAUCAAGGAGCACAUCCCCGCCGCCUUCCGCUACACGCUGCUGCUGCCCAAGACCCUCCUGUUUUUAUUUGCAGCGCCUCUGACCAUAGUCCUGGCGUCUGGCUCCUGGCUGCUGGCUGUUGUAUGCAUCUUCUUCCUGCUCCUACUCCUGCGGUUCCUUGCUGGACAGCCCUUCAAGGAGUAUGUGGCCAUGUGUUUGCAGACAGACAUGGCUGACAUCACCAAGUCUUACCUGAAUGCACAUGGCUCCUUCUGGGUGGCUGAGUCUGGGGGGCAGGUGGUGGGCAUAGUGGCUGCUCUGCCAGUCAAGGAGUCUCCAUCAGGGAGGAAGCAGCUGCAGCUCUUCCACCUGUCUGUGUCCUCACAGUGUCGAGGACAGGGGAUAGCGAAAGCACUGGUCAGAACUGUGCUCCAGUUUGCACGGGACCAGGGCUACAUGGAUGUUGUCCUUGAGACCAGUAUCAUACAGCAAGGUGCUAUGACCCUCUACGAGGCUAUGGGAUUCCAAAGGACAGGGAAAAACUUAGAGAACAGCAUUAUUAAGUGGUUAAUUGGGUUUUUUUUAUUUCGUUUCACGUAUGCUUUCCCUUCUGCUCAGGAACAUGAACUGUAAUCUUAUCUCUUAGCAUAUAGGUCAGGUUCCAAUUACUGAGCUGUAACAAAUAAUAAAAGCGUAUUUUUUAUGCUCAUCA